CAGAGUAAAAUAUGGCAUCAUCGUUGUUUGUGUAGCGGCAACUGAAUUCAGAACCAUUUAUUCAGACGAAAAGUGUGGUCGUGCGAUAAAGGAUCAGCAAGAGAAGAAGAGAAAAAGACGACGUUGAAGUGAACGGAACACCUUGAUUACGGACAACGACAUCAAACGAUUCAUUUUUCCGGGUUGUCGUGCGAUUUUCGAACUUAGGAAGCAAUUUUCUGCAAGUGCAUAAACAAUAAAAAAAAGAACUCACAGUGCUUGAUUUGAUGCUUUGUUUUAAUUGAGUUGUGUGUGGGCGUGUGUUUACGUUUUCUGUUAACCACAACUAUAUAGUCAAAUGAAUAGUUGUGCCUGCAGGAACUGUUGAUUAAGCUCAUAUAUAUAUUUUUCCUUCUUCGUUUAAAGUACAAAACUUUUUCAAACCCUCAAGGGUAUUUAUAGUUGCAUUUCGAUCGUGAUGCCUGUUUUUCACAAAUCAUUGUUACAAAAAAAGUUGAUGAAAGAACUAUUUAGCUAUUGAAUUUGCAUGGUCAUUUGCCAUUGAAGCUGUGAACAAAAAAAUAUCCGGCGACAUAGUGGUGGAAAAAAGUUCUGCACAGCAGCAAGAAAAAAAAAGUAAACCAGAUACGAUUUUUUAGCUUUGAAAUGUACUUAAAUUGAACAAAGUGAAUAUCGAUCGAUGAAAGUUUAAUUGCGACAACCGAUAAUUCACGCGGAUAAAUCAUUGAGUGUCAUCAAGUGAUUUGGAUACUGAUAAAAUUUAAGAUAAGAGGUUCUCAUUGAAAUUCAUUAAGAUUGAUUGAAAUGAUUUGAAAAUAUAUGAGAAUCACGUUGAUUUGAUUACCGUAUAUCUCAUUGCCUGGAUCAUGAUGAUGACGAUGACUAUGAGUGCACAUGACCGAGUUCUAUCUACGCUAAUCGGCUGAAAUGUGUUUGCAUUAACGAUUUAGGCAACUAAAAUGAUUAACAUUGCUGCUUGUACUCGGUCAAUCAUUUCAUUCAAUGCGGCUCGCAAAUAAAGUUCACAGACAAAUGCAAAAAAAAAUCGUACGAAACAAGUCAAAAACAAUUGAUACAAAUGAUUUUGCUCUCUAGCAUAUGUGUGAUUUUUUUUUAAAAGUUCUGAUCAAUGUUAAGUGAGCAAACACAGAUGAUUGAGAGGAAGAGAAAAAGUCAAUCCACACACAUACACAUACACAAAUAUACACUCGUUAAAACGCGUUCACGGUUUUAAAAUGCGACCAAUAUUAAUAAUGAUAACAACAACAGCGACAACAUAUAAACGGCUUUUGUAUACUAAAACUUAUUUCUAAGUGAAUGGUUUUGAGUGCGCUUCAAUGCGAUGGUGCGAUGGCCACUGAUUAACCGUAAUCAGCAAAUUGUGAAAAAUUAGGGGAAAUAAUACAUAGUUGAACUAACUUCCGUCGGUUGUGAAGCGGAAUAAAAAAAAAAUUAUAACGAAUUAGCAUUACGAUAGAAUUGGAAAAAGUUAUUGAACAGCGACAGUGCCAUUCAAUCUAUAGAUUGUGAUUCGGUCCAGUUGGACAAAAUCAGUUGCUUUGCUACCAUAGUCCAGGCACCGUGUCUGAACAUGAAACGAUAAAACCCAAAAUAAUCAAGUUCAUAAAUUUGUAUCCACAUAAAAUUUUAAUCGUAGUGUACCACAUGAAUUCGAAUCACGAUAAAAUGCUGUUCACGCAACAGCCGACAAACAAUAAUAAUACAUUUUCAAUGUGAUUUAGUAAAGAAAUUGUGAUUUAAAUAAACAUUUUCUUAGCAUUUGUAUUGCCGUCCGCCUUUUCUCUUUCCCCCUUUCUCUGUCGCGUUAUAAGUGUGUUUAAACUCGUGCCAUCAAAACACUCACACCAAACCAUCGCAUUCGAUCUAAAUGGGAUUCGAAAAUCGAUAAAUUCAUCGAAAGUACUUUCGAACCGAGAAGAGUGAGCAAGUGAGUGAGAAGUGAGCUUUGGAGUUCGAAAACCAAGUGUCCCUUUUGUGAAUCGGUCAAAUAAAAAAUUAAUCGAGCGAAACGGCAAGCGGUUAAGUUAGUGCGUGUAUGUGUGCAUGUGUGCGUGAGAGUUUCAUAUUCAAAAUAAAAUUUAUAGAAAUCGUGUUUGCAAGAGUUUCUAUUUGUGUGCUUCGCCUAAUUUAAAACAUGGAUAGUUCACCAGAUUUAUCGUUGAAGCUGCGUCGAGGUUCAAAUGAUUCACGAGAUUCAUACUAUAUGGAUUUCGCACAGGGGAUCGAUUCAGAUAUUGAAGAAGUCGCAACAGUUACUGCCGCACCUGGAAAUGUGGAAAUUACAAGUGAUUCAAGCGAUUCACAAGCACUUGUCGUGCUACCGGUGCCGGCAACAGAUCUUAGCGAGAGUGUUAAUAAAAUCGAACUGGAGUCAGUUGAUGAACCCCUGCCACCGGCACCACCAACACCUCCACCUGAAUUAGAAUCAAUACCAUCAUCAAUGAUGUCAAGUAUUCCCACAAGCAUUUUACCUCCAACAAAUUUAACCAAUUUAACGGACACAAGUACGACUGAUGAAGAGGACAUUUCGCAAAUAACACCAUUGCCAAUGCCCAUUUUACCAUCGCUCAAAACUGAUACACUACAAAUGCUGCCAACCAAAAUACCAUUGGUCGAUGACGAUGAAGGUGCUUUAAUGGAAAUUCAACCGCCACCAAUAAAAAUGCCAUCAUCACCAACUCUAUCAACUACAGCGGUCGUUUCACCUGAAACAAUGUCGUCGCAUCAUUCGUCGCCAGCAAAAACAUCGCGAAUUUGCUAUCAACCGCCACCACAUCACCUGCAACAUCAAGUGAUUGACGAGACAAUUGGCUCAAAAAUUCCAUUAUCAAUUUCAACUCAUCAUCAAUUGGCUGCGAUUGGUACACCCGUCGAUCACCCACACUCUUCAAUCAGCGGCAUUUCUGGAAUGCACAGCGAUUAUGGUUUGGAUCGUCAGCAAGUGUGUCAAAGUUCAGUAACAACACAAACAUCACCGACAGCUGCUCAUCAUUUGGCAUUGUUAUAUCAUUCAUCGCAUCACCACCAUCAUCAUCAUUCGGUGCAUCCUCAAUUGCCUGCUAGUAUACGUCGACCAUCAUCGCGUUUGCCACCUGCGGUCUAUACACGGCCACCAGAAAUUAAAGCAUAUCAAAUGUUUGCAACGACACUGUCAGCUCUUUACGGGAAGUUAAUCGUUGUCAUGGGCAUCGCAUUUCCAAUGGCCGAAGUCAUUUCCAGUUAUAUUCCACCAUCAUUUUAUGAGGGCUUCUACUUGUAUUUAUACGUAGGCAGUAUGUUAUUUUUAUUUUUUAUGUAUGCAACAAUCAUUUGGGGACGACCAAAAUCUAUUAAAGUAAAAAGAGAAGAAAAACGUGACUCAGAAAGUGUUUCGAGCGAAUUGCACAGUUCAGAUGAAUCAGAUACUGAAAGUGGAUCAUCCCAUAACCAUAGAAAAGCAAAACGAAAUGUCAUUCUUUCGCCCAGACGACCAUCUGUGCUAGCCGGAAUUGGUCGCCACCACUAUGGUAGCUUCUAUUUACGAAUGGGAGCAGUUGCGUUUGGCAUUGGCAGCAUGAUCUAUUCGGGCUUGGAGUUUGGCCAAUAUUUUGAACUUGAACGUAACACCAAAUGUCAUAAUUUUUUGCUUGCAUUGACACCAGCAACACGAAUGGCAUUCAUUUUUAUUCAAAUGUAUUUCAUUUUCUUAAACAACGAGCAAAUGAAAGUUUAUCGACAUAAAAUUAUUGCGCGAUUCGGUUUGAUGCACAUGAUUGGCACCAAUUUAUCCGUUUGGCUUAGCGUUUUAAUUCAAGAAACCAAACAUGAAAUCCUUACCUUCUACGAUCCCGAAAAUCGAACAUUACGUAUAUCACAUCGAAUAGGCAAUAAAUUAGGUCUACAUUUGGGACAUCAAUUAGGCCAUUCAAUUAACGAUCAUUCACUGCACGAUAUGACAACAGCUCAUCUUCGUAUACCACGCGGUUUGAAGGGGCCGCAUCACAUUUUCGAAUGUCGAAGAACAAAUAUUAUUGGAACAUUGGUUCAAGAUGCUUCUCCGUUUCUUUUCCCGUGCACAAUCGAAUAUUCAUUGAUUUGUGCAGCCAUUUUGUAUGUAAUGUGGCGCGGAAUAUGUCGACCACAGCCCGAGCCAGAUGUUCGAGUUACCGAAGGUCUUUCGCCAUGUAAACGCUCACCACAUCAUUAUUCAGUCGAUUGUGCUCGUGCACACAAGGGCUUAUUCAUUGGCAUUUUGAUUCUAGUUUUGACGAUCAUUUCUUUGAUUCUUUUCUUUGUUUUAAUUUCGCGACCUGAAUUCGUUCAAGUUGCGGUGACUGAAGUUACCAUUUGUGAAUUAACACUCUAUGGAACGGCAACAUUGGCAACGUUAAUUGGCAUGUUUCAAAUAAGGCAUUUGCAAUACGAUUCAUUGAGACACUUUACAUUGGAUGACAUUCUCUUAGUUGGAGGACAAACGGGCUUAUUCUUAUACAGCAUAUUUUCAGUGAUUGGUGGUCAUUUUACGAUGCGAAAAGAAAAUACAAUUCUCGUACUUAUCACGUCGCUUGCAUCAAUUGUUCAAACGGCUUGUCAAACGAUGUUCAUUUUGGAUGCAAGUCGACGAAAUGCCGCAACCGCCGAACAUAUGCGCAAGAAGCCUGGUCGUGAGAUCGUGACAUUUUUACUCGUGGCAAACUUAGCGAUGUGGGCGAUCAGUACAUUGGAAAAAUCUCGUGCAGAAAGCCACCCGAUACAAUUGAAUUUCUAUGGUCUAUGGGCUUGGACGAUAAUCACUCAUGUUUCGAUGCCGUUGGCCAUAUUCUAUCGAUUCCAUUCGACAGUUUGCUUAUGUGAAAUCUGGAAGCGUGCAUAUAAAAUGAAGCCAACUUAUAUGUGAGUAAAGACGGCACAUUGUUACGUUGUGUAUAAUGCAGGCACGACAACAACCACAACGAAAACGACAAGAAAUUGAAAUCAUCACCGUUAACGAACGAAAUCGAUAAAUUUUCAAUGAUUUAGCGCGAUUCGAUUUUUUAUUCAUGUUUAAAUUGUUGCCAAAUUUCAUUUUUUUCUUUUUUCAUUUUAACAUAUUUUAUGUGGUUGAGUUAUUGCAAAUUACUGUUAAGUGUUGAAGAGUCUCCAUGCUAAUUUGCUUUCAUUCUUUCGUCGAAUGGCAUUGAUUUUUAAGCUGUUUUAAGAAUGAUAAAGGAAUUAAAAUUACGCAUAAAAUAUUUAUAUAAAUGUAGUAAGCUAAUACUCAGAUAUCAAAGUGAUUUCUUUUCUCCGAAACCAAUAUCAAAUCCUGUUUACAUCCAUGUAUACCGUGUCAUUUCACUCAUCAAUCACUUAUAUAUUCAUCGACAUUUUUAUUAAAACCAUAUAUUGCUCAAUAAUAACGGAUCAAGAACAUGAACUCUUGGGAACAAACAAAAAACCACAAAUCUCAACUUAUAUAUUUAUGAAAUAUAUGUAUCGGAAUGUAGGCCAGUUAGGAUUUACAAACUUUUGGCACAUAAACCACCGAUAUUACACAAUAACUCAUUAGAGGCCAAUAAAAAAGAAGACUUGACAUUAUAAAAUACAAUCAUUUAAAGUUUAGAAGCAAAACAAAUACAAAAUUAUGAACCAUAAGAUGCUUUUUUAUAAUUGGACAUAUUACCAUUUUUUUUAUCAAGCCAAAUUUUUAAUUGAUUGGAAAACGUCGCUGAAAACAGUGAAGAAAAAGUAAAGAAUUAAUUCGGAUCAAUGUAUCGUGGUCAAGGCGGUCCACAAAUAGUGGUCAAGCCGCAAUACAUUUUGUCAGACUUGAGACUUAUAUUUUGAGUCUUUUAACGAUUGAAUUGAUAUGUCAUUUAAAACAUUUUUAUGUAUUUUUCAUUGUAUAAAUAUUUAAUUGAAAUAAACUAAAAACACGAACACA